UGGAGUAGUUUGAAUGAAAGAUGAAAUAAACCAUCCUCAUUUCAGCGGUAAAACUAGUUUUUCUAAAAAAUGUCUUGGCAGUUGGAAGCUUAUAAUCCUUCUGUUCAAUUUCGAUGAAACUAUUUAUUCUGCGCACAAAAUAAUAUUCUUAGUCGACUUUUGACAAACGCGCAUAUCAUGUGAAGUGAUUAGCGGACCUUGUUUAUGCUGACGCGCCAACUGUGCACUUCCCGCUUAUAAUCAUUCAGCAUUCUGAUCGCAACAGACUUAAUUCCUUGAUUUUUUUUAUGCGAGACUAUUCAAGUUAAAUUUAACGAUAUCUUUUUUGUUUAUAUGAUGGCUCCACUACUCGUCACUGGGUGGAGUAAUUUUCUCAUUUUGGUAUAAAAACUGACAUUUGUGUGCGCGGGAAGUUUCGAGUGAAAUCAAUUAGAUUUGGAAUCGAGAUGAAUUUUGUGGAUGCUGAGAAUUAUUUACUGGUUAAACAAGGAGAGGGUGCGAAGGAGGAAUUAUUUAAGCUUGCAGUUCAUUUCGCCGAAAAGUCCAAUACGGUGCUUUAUAUAAGCUCUAAGCCAUUGAAGAGUUUACCAGCUGUUGAAAUACCCGAUAGAGAUGUCCUCAAACGAAUAAUAUUCAUGUACUUCGAACAAAUUCAUCAACUGACGGGAAAGCUACUUGAACUUCACUCAUUUUCGAUAACACCAAAGUUGAUAAUAAUGGAGUCAUUGCAUGAAUUUAAAUCUGAAAAUAGUGACGCCGACAUCGAUAAACAUUCUCUGGCAAUAUCUGCACUAUUCAACGGUAUGCAGUAUUUACGGAGGCAAUUGGGGAGCGGUUGUACGAGUGUUGUUUCGGUAGAUUCUCUUCGGAGCAAUGUUAAUUUACAAACUCUUGUAGAUUUGUAUUAUUAUAAGACUGCAAUUUACUCGUUAGAUAGCAUUUUUAAUAAAGAUGUAUAGAAUUCUA